AUGAUGCGUAUUCCGUGCGGCCAUAGAACGAUGCUGGCGCCGACAUCUUCGGCGAUAAUGUCGCGGCGCUCGAGAAGGGUGAAGUCGAUCCCGAGCUUGGAGAAUGCGUGGGCUGCUGGGGGGGGGGGCACCCGACUCCAUCGCACAACGGGCGGGCACGACAUCGGGGGGAAAACGUCUUUGGAUGCCAUUAGGCUAUGGGUUACGAGCUACUACAACGAGCCAAUGUCUUGCCCACCGUUCAACGCCAAUAGUUGA